AUGAGGCGCGCCAAAGACGCAGAGCCAACAGUCAAGCGCCUCUCUCCCUCCAAGCGUCCAGAAGUCGGUCAGACCGGUAUCACCAGGCUAGAUACCACCCAGCACAGGCUGGCGUUGACAGCUCCCAAGCCGGGGCGUCACGAAAAAGAAGCCAGAAGCGACGGCGGGUGGAGAUGGGGCCGGCAGCCCUGGCCGAGGAACCCAGUCGACCAAGGCGGGAAGCCAGCCAGUCGGGUGCUGUCGAGGGCGAGGCGCGAGGUUGAACGUAAGCAGCGUCGACAAGGGCGGGCCGCAGAACGCAGAGUGGGAAAUGAACGGGCCUGGCAGAGAGAGUAUGAGUGAGUGUGCGCUGUGCUGUGCUCUUUGUCGAAUCUGGCCGCGGCAGAUUGAAAACAAAAAGAGACCAGAAGGCAGCACGACAUCCAAGACUCCAAGACACCAACGCUGUCCGCCUCCUCAACACGCACACGUACUUACCACACUACUACCCUACCUGGGAAC